CAAAUUCCGUAACACACCAGAUCCUUCUCAACUCUCUCUCUCUCUCUCUCUCUCUCUCUCUGUGACACAGACACUCUGAAACUCUCGCAAAAGCUCUCUCAGUGUUUCGUUAUGGCGCGGAGCUGGAGAUCCAAUCUGGUGGUUCUCGUGCUUUUCCUACAGUUGUGCUUUUCGCUCAUCUCUUCGUCGCUCGCAAUUUCUCCCGGCUCUGCCGAUGGAUACACCAUUCAUGGCCGAGUAAAGAUCCCACCCAGUCUCGGGGUGAAAGGGUUUGCACCUUACGGAAAGAUAUCAAAUAUCAAAGUCAUACUAAAUGGUGGUCAAAGUGUUACCUUUCUGAGGCCUGAUGGAUUUUUUUCAUUCCAUAAUGUGCCUGCGGGGACUCAUUUGAUCGAAGUGUCUGCGAUAGGCUAUUUCUUUUCUCCGGUCCGAGUUGAUGUUAGUGCUAGAAACCCAGGCAAGGUUCAGGCAGCACUGACUGAGAAUAGGAGGCCACUGAAUGAGUUUGUUUUGGAGCCAUUGAGAGAGGAACAGUAUUAUGAGAUAAGAGAACCCUUCUCCAUAAUGGCUCUUGUAAAGAGCCCCAUGGGACUGAUGGUUGGAUUUAUGCUAAUUGUCGUGUUUCUUAUGCCGAAAUUAGUGGAGAACAUGGAUCCUGAAGAAAUGAGGCGAACACAAGAAGAAAUGAGAAACCAAGGGGUUCCAUCGCUGGCAAGUUUGUUACCUGGUGCCGCGAGGAGUUAGAGAAAGAUGGAGAAGUAGGAACCCUCUCUGCAAUGGAGGACUUAUAUUUUCCUGUUCAGAAGCUAGGGAGACUGUAUCUUUAUGGUUACGAAAGAAAUUCCAAGAAAUAUUACGAAUUGGUCUGCCUUUUUUUUUCUCUUUCGGCUAUGAUCGUGAUGUUUCUGUAUUUGAUGCUUUAGCGUCGUCUUUGAUUCUAUAAACGUUUUGACGAUUUAGUCUUGUGCUGCGGACAAACCAGCCGGUUGUAGUUAACAGUGUUAUUAAUUUUUGCUUACUCCACUUGCAAGUCAAUGAGAAUAAUGUUUGGCAGA